AAUAUUUGUUAAAGAAAGACACGUCCACUUCUCCAGGCUCUAGGAUCCGCCCCCUUCUCUUUCUCUCUGACUCGGCUGCUGCCUGCUUCUCUCUGAACAAACUCUUAACCGAUUUUCCAUUCUUUUCAUACAUUUCGUUGCUCUUCUUUAAAGACUGGCUAAGUCAAUUGCUAGGAUCAGCUAAGUAAUUAUUUUCUUAUUGAUUAAGUUGGAAUUAUUUUAUAAUGGCAUCAAGAGUGAUCUUGCGAAGGAGGAGCUACAUUUUCAAUUCCCCAACUCGACCCACUUCCCUUUUUCGAGGCUUUUCUAGUUUUGACCAUAGGCAAUCCUUUACAUUUGAGGAUUCACGAGGAACAGCCUUGGAUGCAAACCGUCCUUACCAGAAUUCCGAUUUUACGAAAGUCGUUUUACCUUCGGUUCAAAAAAAUGAGCUGUCAAAUUUUCUAGCAGCUCAAUAUUAUAGGAGUAACUCAUCUGGAAUCUCAAACUUGGGUUAUCAAGUGGGAGAUUUAGAUUUUGUGUUACCAUUGGGGGUCCGGUGGUUUUCACAAUCUGUACGUUCUGCUUCAACUGCUACUGCUGGUCAACCUGAAUUGGGCAACGAGAAUGAUGGAAAUGAACAACAGGCUACAAAAAAGGUGAAGGAGGCUUCGCCUGAGGAAUGUGAUCAAGCAGUUGAAGGCCUGACUACAGUGAAAGCCAAAGCAAAAGCUAAGCAGCUACAGGACUCCCCUAAAAGUGCUCAAUCCGUAAUCAAGAAAAUAUGGGCCACGAUUCUGGGCAUUGGACCUGCCUUAAGAGCUGUUGCUUCUAUGAGCAGGGAAGACUGGGCAAAGAAGCUUCGGCAUUGGAAGGAUGAAUUUAAAUCUACAAUGCAACACUAUUGGUUGGGUACAAAGUUGCUUUGGGCUGAUAUUAGGAUAAGCUCAAGGUUAUUGGUAAAACUUGCUAGUGGGAAGGGUCUAUCUAGAAGGGAAAGGCAACAACUUACUAGAACCACAGCUGAUAUUUUUAGGCUAGUCCCUUUUGCAGUUUUUAUCAUAGUUCCAUUUAUGGAGUUUUUGCUACCAGUAUUUUUGAAAUUAUUUCCAAACAUGUUACCAUCAACCUUCCAGGACAAGAUGAAAGAACAGGAAGCAUUGAAAAGACGGCUAAAUGCAAGGAUAGAAUAUGCAAAGUUUCUUCAAGAUACAGUAAAGGAAAUGGCAAAAGAAAUCCAAAACUCACGAAGUGGAGAUGUUAAAAAGACAGCAGAAGAUCUUGAUGAGUUUAUGAACAAGGUUAGAACUGGUGCAGGUGUAUCCAAUGAUGAAAUUUUAGGCUUUGCCAAGUUAUUUAAUGAUGAGCUUACUUUAGACAAUAUUAGCAGGCCUCGUUUGGUGAAUAUGUGCAAAUAUAUGGGUAUCAGUCCGUACGGUACAGAUGCAUAUUUACGUUAUAUGCUUCGGAAAAGACUGCAAGAGAUCAAGAAUGAUGAUAAGGUGAUUCAAGUUGAGGGUGUGGAGUCACUUUCAGAAGCGGAGCUUCGUCAAGCUUGCAGAGAUCGAGGCUUACUUGGAUUACUUUCAGUGGAGGAGAUGAGACAUCAGUUGCUUGAUUGGCUGGAUUUAUCUCUCAAUCAUUCAGUGCCCUCUUCUCUGUUGAUUCUCUCUAGAGCAUUCUCUGUGUCUGGAAAAGUCAGACCAGAGGAGGCUGUUCAAGCUACACUCUCCUCUCUGCCAGACGAGGUUGUGGAUACUGUUGGGGUUACAGCUUUACCAUCUGAAGAUUCUGUUUCAGAAAGGAGGAGAAAGUUAGAAUUCCUUGAAAUGCAGGAAGAAUUUAUCAAGGACGAAGAAGAAGAGGAAGAGGAACAAGCCAAGUUGAAAGAAUCUAUUAGCAACCACAAGGAUGUGGCUUUGGAAGGGAUGGCUGUUUCCACAGCUAAAGAAGCACAAGAAUUAGCAAAGGCAAAAACAUUGGAGAAACAAGAGCAGCUAUGUGAGCUCAGCCGAGCUUUAGCUGUUUUAGCUUCUGCAUCUUCAGUCAGCAGGGAGCGUGAAGAGUUCUUGAGACUUGUCAAGAAAGAGAUGCAACUGUACAACAGUAUGGUAGAGAAAGAGGGUACAGAUGGUGAAGAAGAAGCUAAGAAGGCGUACAAAGCUGCCCGGGAGGAUAGUGACCAUACUGCUGAGAAGGCAAUUGGUCACAAAGCUUCCUCUGCGCUUAUAGACAGGGUUGAUGCUAUGCUCCAAAAGCUUGAAAAAGAAAUUGAUGAUGUUGAUGCCAAGAUUGGAAACCGUUGGCGGUUGCUUGAUAGGGAUUAUGAUGGUAAAGUAACUCCUGAUGAGGUUGCCUCUGCUGCUAUGUACCUCAAGGACACAUUAGGCAAAGAGGGUAUUCAGGAGCUUAUUAGCAACCUCUCCAAAGAUCAAGAAGGAAAAAUACUUGUUGAAGAUAUCGUCAAAUUAGGUGGUGAAACAGAAGAUGCUGACACAGCCGAAGCAAGAAGAUCAUAGGCAAAUGUACUGAAAAUUGUCGUUAGUGCGUCUAUUACAACAUUAUUAUAAUUUAACUUAGAAUUGAUGUAGCACUUGCCUUCAGUGUAUGCUAUGAUAGUUUUAUAUCACCUACUACAAACUGAAGAAGGAACUCUACUUAAUUCUUUGUUGAAUAAGGUUUUGGUGAUACACUUGAUGCUUGGAAAAUUGUUAUCUACAAAAGAAAAUGGAUGAUACAAACCUCUGGAUGACUGCUAACUUUUCUUAUCUUUAUCAUUCUUGUAUAUGAAUGUCUUUGGA